GAUAAAACUGAUCUCUGCUGUGAUCUACUGAGGAGAGAUUGAGAAGAUGGCAAUGUUGGUGUUUUUAGCGGUUCUUUUUCCGGUUGUGCUGAUGAAUGAAUGCAGUCAGGAUGAAAAAGACUGUUCUGACCUUUAUUACUCAGGAGAAACGGUCAAUGGGACUUAUGCCAUCUAUCCAGCAGGAGACAUUCCUGUCUGGGUUUACUGUGAGAUGAUCUCAGGUGGGAAAGAUGAAGACAACGGAGGAUGGACGGUGAUUCAGAGGAGAAUGGACGGCAGUGUGAAUUUCUAUCUGCCGUGGAAUCAGUACAAGAGAGGAUUUGGGAAUGUGGAGGGAGAAUACUGGCUGGGGCUGGAGAACAUGUACCAGCUGACACGUAACAACAAGUACAUGCUGAGAGUGGAUUUGGAGGACUUUGAAGGCAGAAAAGGUUUCGCUCUGUACUCAUCCUUCUCUGUGGGUCCUGAAGCUGAUGGGUACAAACUACAUGUUUCAGGAUUCAAAAAUGGAGGAGCAGGAGACUCUUUAUCUGCCCAUAAUAGACAGAAGUUCUCCACCUUUGACAAAGACCAAGACUCCAAUAAAAAGAACUGUGCCAAAGAGUUUCUCGGGGCAUUUUGGUACUCAGCCUGUCACACUACAAACCCCAAUGGUAUAUAUUUAUGGGGUGAAGAUGACACAUAUUACGCUAUUGGAAAUGUUUGGGAAUCAUGGAGGGGUAAGGCUGUCGGUAUGAAAUCCAUCAGCAUGAAGAUCAAACGUGUGUCAUAGAAACACUGCAGUUCUUCUCAAAAAUAAAAUACAAAACAAUCAAAUGAAUGCCAAAG